UUCUGUGAUUGGUUUAUGUAUACCUAAUAUAGAAUAAAAUAAAAAAAAAUAUAAGUUUAAUAAUUUACUUUGUAGAUACUUAAAAUCAUUGUAAAUGGAAAAUACUGCUGUACAGAUUCAUGUAUCACGUAAAAAAGAUGAAGAAGAUAAAGAAGAAGACUACUGUGAGGAAGAAAAUACUCAUAUUUUAGAAUUAAGAGCUUUAAAAGAGUCUAUCUUAAGUCGUUUCUCUUCUAAAGUUACCAAAUCAGUGACUUUUAUAAUUGAUGAGCUGCUGUGUGAAACUAUAUUUAAUAUUCAUAAGGAAUUAAAACUAAGAGUUCUUGAUCCAAGACGGUUUGAUACUAAUUACAGAAGAAACUGUCUUACUCCAACCUUAGUACAUAUGGCUGAACAUUUGAAUAUCUCUACACCAAACCAGGAAGUCGAAUGUCCCAAAUGUUUCAUAUCAGUGAAGUGUUUUUUAUUAUCUAAACACUUAGCAUUGUGUAUGAAUCCGCAACAGAGCAAUUAUUCUUAUAGUAGUAGAAGUAGUUCUCGAAUAGCUCGACAACGUAUACAAGAAGGUUUUAAAACGGCUUACGAUGAAUCUAAAAAUGACAGUGAUGAUGAACAAAUUAAACCAAAGAGACGUAGCACUAAAGGAAAAAAGUCAACAAUCAAAAAUAUAAAGGGUAAAAUUACCCAAGUCUAGUUAUUUUCUUAUUGUACUUUUUAGUUUAAAAAUAUUUAAACGUCAUUAAAAAUCAGUCAUGUCAUGGUUGGUAUCUAUAUUUUUUAGAAUUUUUCAAAUUGUUAGUUUUUUGUUGACUUGAUACUCAUAAAUUUGUUUUGUACAAUAUCUUUGUUAUUCCCACAACUUAUGACAAGUAGACGUUUAAACAAGGAGUGGUUAUAACGGUUUAUGGGUUCAACCACUCGCCUCAAAAAUGUCUGGGAUUAGACCUUACGGCCUAAUUUGGACUUUUAUUUAGCAGAAUUUCUAAUUCGACACCCGUUGGUUUCUGCCAUGCCGGUUGGGACAGUUGCCUGCUCAGAGAGAGAGAGAUGCUGCUCAUGGCUGGGAUUUGAACUUGUGACAGUGCGUAUUAGAACCCAUGCCGUAGUCCACUCGUCCACUCUCCCCCAUUUUACAUUCUGAGCGUAUAACAUCAUAUUAAAUGUACAUCCUACUAUUGAAUCAACAAAAUAUUAAGUUUUAAUAUAAAUUUCAAAUUGAAGU